UUCCCUCAAUACAAAAUGAAGUACAUUCAGAUUGAUGCUCUACAUCUUUGCCGGUAAUGGGCUCCAGCUCCUGGGUUUACUGCCACCGAUCAGAUGUAUGGACGGCUGUGAUGAGGAUGUUACAUCACUUGCAGUGCAGCCAGACGCCAGCAGCAGCAUCCAGCUCGGAGGUAACGCGGCGCACAAACCCAGCUGGCCAUAUUGUGCACCAGCUCUCCGCAAAUCGGCUGCGUCACACCUGAAAAACACAAAAAGCAGCGCUGGAGCAAUAAAGUCCGCACAUCAGGAGAAAUUCGCUCUUUUCAAAACGGUCCACGGCUGAGCUGGUUGGUGUUUUUUCGUGCAGGGAAAAUGGUUAAACUGGGGAAUAAUUUCAGCGAGAAAAAUAACGGGAAGGUGGUUUCUGAAGACGGAUUUGACACCAUCCCUCUCAUAACACCAUUAGAUGCCAGUCAACUGCAGUUUCCUCCGCCAGAUAAGGUGGUGGUGAAGACAAAGGCAGACUAUGAUGGUGAGAGCAAGAAGGGAAAGCUACGAUCUCCUAAAAUUGCAGAGUUCUCAAUAAGCAUCAUCGAAGGUGUAUCCGAGCGACUCAAGGUGACCUUGCUGGUGAUCUGUGCCCUGGCCUUCCUGGUGUGUGUGGUGUUCCUGGUCGUCUACAAGGUCUACCAGUACGAGCAGCCUUGUCCCGACAGCUUCAUUUACACGCAAGGUCGCUGCAUGCCGGCUGGGAUGUAUGGCAACUACCCCCCUCAGGGCCCUGGGGGCCGCGGGCGCCUCUUUACCCUCAUCAACCACUACAACAUAGCCAAGCAGACCAUCACCCGGUCAGUAUCACCAUGGAUGACCAUCAUGUCUGAGGAGAAGGUCACCCAGCAGGAGACGGAGACUGCCCAGAAACUGGCUUAACCAACCUGGGCUCAGGAGGUGGCCUCACCUGCUGCAGGAAAUAAUAAAUAAUAUGGUUGUGCCAUUCAAGCAAACCUCAGAGUCCUGUGGGUGAAAAAUCAACUUCUCUUACCUGAGGUGCUCUGCUGCCUUGUUGAUGUAGUUUGGUCAGCUGAUGUGUACUGUAGCAGGAAAUCUGUGGAAAUCUUGAGCGUUUUUAGCAAAGCAAGCCUUACAGUUGGGUGGAUUCAUGGUUUGUUUGAAUAGCAUAUGUUAUUAUUUAUUCACACUUCAAAACAGAGUGGCAAACGUGUAGAAAAAGCCACAGAAAUACAAACAGACACACACACACUGUCUUUGUACAUACACAUAUGUAACAGAACUCACUUUAGUACUCACAUUGUGAAAUGACUGUGAACCAUCUCGUGUCUGCGUCGCUUGUUUUAACGCACAUGCACGCACGACUCUAAAAACAAUCAUUUUGCUUUGAACCUCUUUUCAAAUACAUCAAGUACUGAUAGCGCAUGUCAGACCUCGUGA